AUGGCUGCCGGGAAGUUGCUGCUCUACGCCGGGCUCUCGCUCUCUCUCUGCGCCCUGGGCAUGCUGGCCGUGGCGAUGUGCUCCGACCACUGGUACGAGACCGACGCCAGGCGGUACAAGGAGCGGUGCCGAAGCUUCUCCAGCCGCCGCAAGGACCCGGGCUUCAUCUACAUCCCCAACAUCAGCCUGCCGCUGCGGGCCAGCCGGAGCAGCGCGCCCCGCUGGGAGGAGAAGCUGCAGCUGGCCCGGAACCGGCGGCAGCUGUUUGCCAUGAGCGCCGCGGACGAGUGCAGCCGGCAGUACAACUCCACCAACAUGGGGCUGUGGAGGAAAUGCCACCGGCUGGGCUUCGACCAGGAAAUCGAAGAUCGCAUCCGGAAAGGUUCCAUCGCAAUUUGCUCCUACAUCAAAUAUCACUACUCCUCAGCUACGAUACCCAAAAAUCUCUCCAACAACAUCACCAAGACGAUAAGGCAGGACGAGUGGCACGCCCUCCACCUGCGGCGAAUGACAGCAGGUUUCAUGGGCAUGGCGGUGGCCAUUAUCCUGUUCGGUUGGAUCGUUGGCGUGCUUGGCUGCUGCUGGGACCGAGGCCUCAUGCAGUACGUGGCUGGUCUCCUAUUCCUCAUGGGAGGAACCUUCUGCAUCAUUUCCCUCUGUACCUGUGUUGCCGGCAUCAACUUUGAGCUUUCCCGUUACCCGCGCUAUCUGUUCGGCCUGCCUGAUGACAUUGGCCAUGGCUACGGAUGGUCCAUGUUCUGCGCUUGGGGAGGCCUCGGCCUUACCCUCAUUGCAGGCUUCUUCUGCACCCUGGCUCCCUCCGUCCAGCCGAUACCCAGAUCUACCUGCCCCAAGUCCCGACAGGAGAACGGCACCGUCUGCUAA